AUGGAUAAGGACGGAAAUGAACUUGAUGGAGAAUGCUCCCGUCCCCAAAAGCAUGCGAAAAGUCCUGAACUUGCUCGAGAAUUUCUGCUAGAUGCUGCAACUGUUAUUUUUAAAGAACAGGUUGAAAAGGCUUUCAGAGAAGGAACUGCACGCCAAAAUGCACACAGCAUCUUUGUUUGUCUUGCACUAAAACUACUGGAAGAUCGGGUUCAUGUUGCAUGCAAAGAAAUUAUUACAUUGGAAAAGCAGAUGAAGCUUCUUGAAGAAGAAGAAAAGGAAAAGCGAGAAGAAGAAGAGCGCAAGGAGAGAAGAAGAACAAAAGAGAGAGAGAAAAAGCUUCGAAGGAAGGAGAGGUUAAAAGGGAAAGGGAUAAAGAAAGGAAGUGAUGAAACAUCACCAAGUGUUGAUGAAGAACUGAAUGCUACCUGCUGUGGGGAUUCAAUAAGUGAAACAGGUGAUAUAUCUCUAUCCAGGCCUGGAUCUCCUGAUGUUCAAGAUCAACAGUUUUCAUAUGGAUGUGAGACUUCUAUAAUGGAAAAUGAUUCCUAUGAUAGUCCUGAUGGGGAGAUUGCAAAUUUGAAAGAAGGGACUGGCUCUUUUUCAACAGAACAAUCAAAAUAUUCUCGCCGACGCUUGAAAUUUCGGAAAGAAGUUCAACUUGAUUCGUCUUUGAAGUGGCCUGAUAGACGGCGAUUUGCUGUUAUUUCAGAAAGUGGGGCGGUGGUUAAUAGAUCUGAGUUAAGACAUCACAGUGAUAAUUUUGAAACUCCUUCUAGGCCUGUUAAUGGAUUGAAUAGGCUGUCAAGGGUUAAUGGUCCAAAGUCCAAUGGUCGAAAUUGUGGCCUUAAGUUCAAUGAGAGCUUUCAUUGUCCGCACAACAGGAUGAAUGAUAGAUAUGAUUUCCAUUCUUGCAGCUGUCACCAGAACAUUGAAUGUAGGGUAAAGGUUGAAUCACAUGUUUCAUCUUUAAGAGUGGACAGAGAAAGCAAACCUGUUGGCAAGUCAGAAACAAUGAUGAUGGAUAUGUCCAAACAGUUCUAUCGUGGUAACAAAUAUACUCCAGUAGAUUACAUGCGUGAAGGUUGUGGAAGAAUCAAAAGCAAAUCCAACAUGGGAAACAAUUCUAAGAAAGUUUGGGAGCCCGUAGAAGCACAAAAGAAGUAUUCUCAAAGCAGCUCGGACUAUGAUAUCACCAUGAGCACAUCUACUAAGGUUGAGUCUGUGGAACCGGGCAGUAAACUAUUCAAGUCAUCUGAUACUUGUUCCAGUGAAGUUACUGGAAAUUCCAUUGAAGUUGAUCAUGAUGAGUAUAAUAACAUGAAGGAAUCAAGGGACCGUAGCCUUGAAACAGUUGAAGACUGCCAGAGUGGGUGCCAUGUGGAAGCAAAUGUUUGCUACUCAACAGAAACUGCUUAUGAGGAAGUCAGUUCCUGUCCUGCAAAAAAUGCCGCAUUGUCUGAGACUUCCGAUCCCAGCACUGGGAGCACUCUGAGUUCUGAUAACUGCUCAUCUUGCCUUAGUGAGGGAGAUAGCAAUACUGUUUCUUCAAACAAUGGACAUCUUGAAUCGUCCUCCACUUCAGAUUCAGAGGAUGCCAGUCAACAAUCAGAAGGAAGAGACACAUCCACGUGCAGUGGAAAUGGUUUCUCCAAUUCUCAUGAAGUGGGGCUGGACAACAAACCGAGCACAAAUGGAGCUGAGGCUUUUGGAAGCAGGAAACCUUUUGAGCUUCAACCAGAUGGUCUAAGACAGAACAGUUUGGGAAAUCAACCAUCUACAGCUGUCCAAAAUCCUGAUAAUGGAAUACCUUCUGUUAGUAUGGGUUUGCAAAAUCAAAUUGUGUUUCCUCCUAUACAUAACAAUAAUUUACAGUUUCCAAUGUUUCAAGCUCCUUCUACAAUGGGCUACUACCAUCAAACUCCAGUUUCUUGGCCGGCAGCUCCAGCCAAUGGAUUGAUGCCCUUUCCCCAGCCUAACCACUAUUUAUAUGCCAGUCCUCUUGGCUAUGGUUUAAAUGGAAACUCACGCUUUUGUAUGCAGUAUGGUCCAGUGCAGCAUUUGGCAACUCCUGUGUUUAAUCCUGGUCCAGUUCCAGUUUAUCAGCCGGUUGCCAAAGAAUAUGGCUUGAACUCAGAGGUUCAAACAGAGACACGUAUGAUGCAGGAAACUUCAACUGAAGCCAAUAAGGAGAGGAUGGUUCCACUGAGAUCACGUUCAACAGAAGCACCCCCAAGUGGGGAAGGUGGGAAAGUUGAUAAUUCUGCCAAAUUGCACAACGGAGAUAGUGGAUUUUCCCUGUUCCAUUUUGGUGGACCUGUCGCUCUUUCAACAGGAUGUAAGUCGGAUCCUGUGCCUUCUAAAGAUGGCAUUGUUGGAGAUUUUUCUUCAAAAGUCUCUGCGGAUCAGAUUGAAAACGAUCCAGCUUGCAAUAAGAAAGAGACUGCCAUGGAAGAGUAUAACUUGUUUGCAGCAAGUAAUGGCAUAAGUGCAACAGAAUAUGAAUUUGGUGCAACUGAAGAUAAUGAGAAGCAUUUGAGUGAUUUUGAAGAUAGUGAUGAUGAUGAGGAUGAAAAUGAAGAUAUCUUUGAGAAUUUAAGGGAGAGAGGACAAGCAUAA